AGGGUGACAGACUGUGACUGUGACAGCCGAAGUUGGCGCUCGCGGAUUUUCUCUACUUACUUCAGUAAAACGUACCGCGGACAUCGCCUGCUAACACGCAUUCGACACCACUAGUCUACCAAAAAUCUAAAAGCCUCGUCUUUCCUCUGCCAAAGUAGAUGAUUCUCCGCUUCUGCGGUUCUCAUUCAUCAUAUUCAUAUUCUCCGCUUUCAAGUAAAGAGGAAGAGCCUCCGUAUGUCAGCUACCACCUGCGAAGGCAAUUAAGUACAUGCAUCGCAGGCGCUGCGGCAAAGAGUGUAAAGUUUUUACACAGUCUCGCAGACCUUAUCUACACCUGACUAAACUCAUCUCCUCCUCCCCUGCCCCAUUCCUAGGUUCGACUGUGUGGCGUAGUCAAGCCACGAAUUUCUUAUAGACUCACACAAGCAACAACAACAAGUCAUCCGACAAGAUGGGUGACGAUUUGGAAUACAAGGUCGGCGAACUCGACGUGCGAUUUAAAAAUGAGAUGCGGGAGGUAGAAUUCGCACUCCUGUUGGUUUUUGCACGUUCAUGUGAUUUCGAGGAUGGCGCAGGUUUCUUUGAAACAAUGAAAGCUUAGGCAUGUGCGGAUAGGAAAGCAUGCGCGAAUCAUAUAUCCUACGUGGAUCAUUUCUAUUUUUACAGGUGAUGGAGAAGGUUAAGUUCCUUGAGAAGGACAACAAUUCUCUGCGCCGAAAGCUGGAGGACCAUGAUGACGAGCUCCGAAAUGCGCGCCGGAAAAUGGCGUCUCUGCUCGCUAGCAGCAACUCUUUGGAAGGCACCUCGAACGACGUGCGACGGGUGGAGUGGACAAUCCCCGGCAUCCGCGACCGCAUGAAGGCACAAGACAAAGGUAGAAGUCGUUUGGUUUGGUUCGUUGCAUAGAUGAACUUCUAUGUAUUAUGUCCACGGGAUGCGUCCUUUUGAUGUAGAUGAUAGUCAUACUAUGCUUACAAUGACCCGGCGCGAACCAGUCAAAAAAAAUUAAUGCCGACGGUUUACUUACUACCCACACACCGCAGCGAAAUCAGAGAAUAUUGUUUCGGAAUCAGGCAUGAGUAUCUGGAGUCCGGAGUUUUCCGCAAGAGGGAUCAAUGGGAUUCAGCUGGAAUUUUUCCCAAACGGCCGGGAGUCGACCACAAUCAGCGGAUUCUGCUCUCUGUUUCUGUGGUGCCCGUCUGGCACGAAAAUCAAGUAUCAACUCUCGGUCGGAAAGCAUAUGCGAGCGCCGGAUGAGGACACCUACGACGGGCGCAUGGGACACGGACACUCUAACUUUUGCAUGCUCGAUGCGGAGAUCGUACAGGACGCGGUAACGGUAGCCGUGGAUAUCCUCGAGGUAAUGCACAGAUUAUAGAACUUUGAACUUCAACUUGCAGCUUGCAUGUAGAAUUCAUUUGCUCGCUUAAAAAUAAAAAACAACGUGCUGGUAGUAGAGCAAGGCCGGAGCAACUAAGUAAAGAGCUAGUGCGUCGUCAGCUACCUCCUUGCUGCACGAAAAAUGACGUCUUCGAUGCUUUUGAUACAGGUAGAAAAGAUCCAGUAUGUGCAGUCAGACCUGGGCUCAUUACAAAUCUUCACGGGCGCAACGCGAUCACACAUUGACCAGGAGGCUCAGGUACCGUCACUUUUCCAUCGUGUUUUAUAUCAUCAAUGAAUUUUGAUUCGCUCACGUUGGUUAUGGUUUUUCUUUUGCAGGAGUCUGCAGCACCAGCAGCGCAGAAGAUUGAACCUGGGGUUCGUUUAUGACACUUAGCAAUAAAAACUCAUGUGAUUGUUCAACAACAUCGUCAGAUCCUGACGAACCGCAACAUCUCCCGAGUGGAAUGGCGAUUAAUCAACAUGGAGAAGAUAUCGCAAGAAAAAACUGUUUCACUGUAAACUUGUAAUGCAGAAACUGUAUCUUAGAAGUGAAGUGUUUGCCUUGCUACACAUGCAAGACACUAGAUUUUUAGCUGUGUUUUCCCUUUGGAAUCUCGCAUGGCCAAUCUUCUCUGUGAUGUAGAACAAACUUGUGAUGCAAAACUUGCAAGAUCCUUACAGUGAAACACUUUUUGCGUACGAUAGAAGAAGUUGGCCAACCUCCCGAGGGGCAGCUCAAUCUACUCACCAAUUUUUUCAGCAGCGGGCAUCCGCGAGAUCCUCUUGGAAUUCUACCCAAAUGGUAAUUGGAUCUUACCCACCUCAGGAUUUAUUUUUUGUAGCAGUACCUGUUCCACCGCCGGACGAAUUAUGUGAUGUUUAUGUUGAUCUUGAUGCAGGUCUAGUACUCUAGCAUAUGCGUAGGUGAAGAAUAAACGACUACUUAUUUCAUUUGGACUGCUGCACAAACGAACCAGGUUCGCAAAACACGACGAAGGACGGUAGCUGUGCAUUCUACAUCCGGUGCCCCGAGGGCACCAGCAUCGUGGUUACGUUGUUUGUCGGGAAUUUUAAGAAGGGUCCGAUCGUGGCGCACUUUGAUGGCUCGGCGGGCAAGGGGCUGCCCGACUUUUGCGAAAUCGCCAAGGAGAUCGAGGAUGACCAGUUGGUACUCGGCCUGGAAAUGCAGAACCAAUCUUUGGAAAAGGAGAUCAAGCGGUCAACUUUGCACUUGACGAGCUAGAAGGCGGAUUGCGGCAAAAAUAAAAAGUGAAAGACAAAGAUCUUCAUUCAUUAACUACCAAAACCAAGAGUAUAGUGUAUCUAAUAUUCAUCAAUUGUUCAUAGGGGAGCUGCCAGGUUUCGAGGUAUCCUGAUACUUGGUAUAGUACCACGAAGGUAUAUCUGUAGUUUUUUCUUCAUCCCAGUCGGCACGUAAAUUUUCCGUAUGCGAACCCUGAUAUGGUACUGAUUAUCCAGACGCUGCGGGUAGGAGGUGUUUUUAAUACCACAGCUGACGCAGCUUAAACCCACUGUGUGUUUGAUUUUCUAUUUCCUACAAGAUAAAGGUGAAAAAAGAGGAUUCCAUUUUUUUGCCUAGCAGGACGUCUAUUAUGAUGAAAGAACACUUUAUUCUACGAUGCACUUGCACGCUCUUCCUGUUGCCAAGAAGCUGAAGCAGCGUCACCAGACUUGUCACUGUAGGAGGUCCGGGCCGCUGCUCUCAGCGACGUGGUGGUGAUUUUCAAAAGCUCCGGGAUCAUCUUGGUAGAAAUCUAGAUGCGCCUCGAGCUGCCACGGGAAUUAUCCGGAACGGGACAAAGACAACAAAAGCGACCAAAACAAAGCAAGAGCAUUAAUAUCACAGCACGACAAGAAGACGCAGCGGCAAUCUGUGCAGCUUUUUUGAGCGAAACAGGAAAAGCCAAGUUGAAAUUACAGUAUCCAGUACGAUACGAAGAGGUCAGGGGGUACUAGCUCCGACCGCAGAGAAAAAAAGGAAGUAUAUCAGUUCCUAGCCGCGUUUUUUCUUAGAGAAAAGAAAAGGUAAAAAAAAGCGACCAUAUCUUCACCGAUCUUCUGCGAUAUGUCCUUGCGAACUUCUGUGAAAUCCUGACGCUGCGCGCGCACACAGUAUUGAUCAAGAGAAACUGUGAUUAUUUGUCGCUUGAUUUUGCUUGUGGAAGCGUUUUCUUGUUGAAGUCGAAAGAAUGAGAAUCACGUCGUAGCGAAAGGCGGCCGCAGCGUUUCGAAAAGCCAAU